UCCAAGAACUUUAUCGUUCUCUUUUCUCACCCCCAAACUACUUGGAGCGAAAGAGAGAAGGAAAGCGUCUUCUUUCUUUCUGCGAUAGGGAGGGAAUCAGGGAACACGUCUUCUCCCUGUGGGUGAGAGAGAGAGAGAGAGAGCUUUCUCUUCUUUUCUUUUCUUUCUGCUUAUGUUGGAGCCAGCGGGUUGAGGAAGAGCAGCAAGGUGGUGAGACUGAGUUGUGGAGGUAAGGAAGGAACUGCAGAAAGGGGGCCAAGUUGGUAGCAUCACGGCUGUGCAUCGAGGAAUCCGACCCAUUUUCCAUGAGCCUUCUCUCCGUUGUCAGGGGAACCGACUACCCACCUUCUCACUGAACACCCCUUCCUUCCACGGUGGCCGAGGGGCCCUGCCUUCUGAAGGCGGCCGACCUUCUGACCUCCUCUUCCUCGCCGGAGGUGGCAGCGGCGCCCGUCCUGGCCUGCCCCUUGCUUGGGGAGGAGUCCGGGAAGGUUGAGUAGUUGUGUAGCCGUGGGUGUUUGCGAGAACCAAAGAAGUCCCAACAAGAGAACAGGAGAGAAAGGAAGAAAGAGCAGAGGAGCGCGGGAGAAUCUUCUACCAAGAGCGAAAAUGCUGAGCAUCAAGCGGGUUCCGACUGUGGUGUCGAAUUACCAGGAGGGUUGCGGGAGGAAUUGUCUUGGGAAAUGCUGCCUCUUAGGAUGUAUUAGCCUGUUGGAUGGCUUGUCUUGCUUUCAUCGAAGUUCUCCACAGAUGGGUUGUUAGAGAUUCCUUGGUUAUGUUUAUCCAGGAGCGAAGUUUCCUCGGUAUACUUAUAGGGGAGAGAAAGGCAGGAAGUAUGUGGAGAACGACGGCCUCUCAGACAGGACCGGCGAGAUGUCCCUGUUCGACACUCUUCUGAUGGGAGAGUGGGAAGAUCGGAUGAGCAGAGGCCUUUUUAGAUAUGAUGUCACUGCUUGCGAGACGAAGGUGAUACCUGGCAAGUAUGGCUUUAUUGCACAGUUGAAUGAGGGGCGUCAUCUUAAGAAAAGGCCAACGGAGUUCAGAGUUGACAGGGUCCUGCAACCAUUUGAUCCCAGUAAGUUCAAUUUCACUAGGGUGGGACAAGAAGAGGUGCUCUUCCGCUUUGAAGAAGAUACUGGAAGUGAAGAUCAUCAUGCAAUACAGUUCUUCCUCAACCCUCAUGUAUCUGCUUCUGCGAGUCCAAGUGUGAUAGCGAUUAAUGUUAGUCCAAUAGAAUAUGGACAUGUGCUGCUUAUUCCCCGUAUCUUUGAUUGCCUCCCUCAAAAGAUGGAUAAGCAGAGUCUGUUACUUGCACUCCACAUGGCUGCAGAGGCAGCAAAUCCGUUCUUUAGAGUGGGUUACAAUAGCUUGGGUGCUUUUGCCACCAUCAAUCAUCUUCACUUUCAGGCUUACUAUUUCAAUAUGCCUUUUCCUGUUGAGAAAGUACCAACCAGGAGGCUCUCUGGGAAAUCCAAGAAUGGUGUUGAGGUGCAUGAGCUCCUCAACUAUCCAGUUAGGGGCUUAGUUUUCCAAGGUGGAGACACUCUGCAAAACAUUUGCAACCAAGUAUCUUUAUGCUGCAUUUAUCUUCAGGAAAACAACGUCCCGUUUAAUCUCCUGAUCUCAGACUCUGGCAAGCGUGUUUUCCUCUUCCCUCAGUGCUAUGCUGAGAAGCAAGCAUUAGGAGGGGUCAGUCAGGAGUUACUGGAGACUCAGGUGAAUCCUGCUGUCUGGGAGAUCAGUGGCCACAUGGUGCUCAAGCGGAAACAGGACUAUGAAGAUGCAUCUGAAGAAUAUGCAUGGAAGCUGCUUGCUGAAGUCUCCCUGUCACAAGAGAGAUUCGAAGAGGUAAAGUCGUCUGUUAUGGAAGCAGCAUUUGGAGACAGUGAUGACACUCUGGCAAUUGAAGCGUCUGAAGAAACAGAAAGUAUGUGCUUGCUCAAGGAAGUUGCAGCCAAUGGGGUGCCUGGCAUGGCAAGUGACGAGAAAGGGUGCCUUGUGCAUCAGUAAUAUGAUAUAUAGGUGUCUGGGUGUCCCUUGUUCUGUUGAUGUUAAUGUGUGCUCUUGUAGGUAAUGUUCCUCCUUGGUAGAUAGAUAUGCAUGUUGUCUUUGUGCAUUCACAUGCUUUCUCUUUUGACCUUAUGGCCCUCUGCUCUAGUGGCGUGGCCUCUUAUCGCUGGAAGUCUUUGUUGACUUCUCAAACUUGGCUGUGACUAUGGCUGAUGUAUAAAUAAAAUGGCUGCUAAAUGGUGUGGUUUCAUAGUACAAGUAUGUAUACGAUUAUUGGUUGGUGGUAAUUCCCCAGUACCUUUAAUAAGCUGACAUGUUUUCCAUUUAGAAAUGGUGGCAUUUCUUUUUCUUUUUUA